AUGGAUUCUCUGCUUGAGCCUGGGAUCUUCCGGCAUCCUAGGCCAAAAAAGAAUAUUUUACCCUCGAGAAAAAAACAGAAAACGGACCAUAAGAUAGAGGAAAUAAACUUCGAUCUAAUUUCUAGGGAGGAAUACUUAACGGGAUUUCACAAGAGAAAACUAGCAAGAAUAAAGGCAGCGCAAGCCGAGGCAGGAAAGAAGGCCAGGGAAGAAAGAAUCCUCAUGCGGAAAAAACUGCGAGAUUCGCGGAAACAAGAGCUAGAGGAACAUGUCCACACAGUGAAUGCUAUGCUUGGCGAUAUGGAAAGCGCUAAUAAUUCUACUGACGAUGAAAAAGUGCGGGAUUGUGGCAGUGAAACUACCUCCCCUGUUUCUAAGUCCGUUGAUCAUUUUGAAGAAUACGUCGAUGAAGAAAAGUAUACUACAGUCACAAUUGAAUCAGUAGAUAUAUCUAGAAGCGGGUUAAUAAAACCAGACAAUGUAACCGAAGCCGAGGUAGUAAAGCCAGGCCCUACCCCUCUAACUAUAGAGAAAUCUAAGAAGAACCCUUGGCCUAAGAAGGCCAAAAAGAAAUUUCGGUAUGAAACAAAAGCCGAACGAAAGAUGACGAGGGCCAAGAUGCAGGUCGGAAAAAAGAAACGAAUAGAUGCGCGAAAGGAAAAGCACUGA